CUCACCAUUCCACGUACAUACAAGCCAGGAGCACCAGGAACUAGCUGCGCCGCACGGGCAAGUGUGCGGCGCGGGUGGUCCGUCGGUCUCGGCAGCACCCAGCCGCAGCGGGAUCAGGCCGCUCCGCUGACCCGCCCGCGCGGGGGUGUUCGGCUGGCCGGCUCUAUUUGUUCGCCUGUUCACCCGCCGAGGCCGGAGGCCCCCUUCCCCGGCUUCGGCGGUUCCGGUAGCCUGUCUGCCGUGGCGGUUCCGUUGGUCACUCGGCUUGCUGUCUGCUGCGGGCCGGUCGGUCAUGGCGGCCGCGCCGCGGUCGUGGGCGUGGGCGUGCGGGUGCUGCGUGGCGAGGAGGAGGAAGGGCGGCGCGGGCGCGGGCCAGACGGGCGGCGGCGCCGGCGCCGGCGCGUCGGGGCGGGCGGAGGAGGGCGACGAGUGGAGCCUCUUCAUGGACCUGCCCGUGCUCGAGGCCGCCACGGAUGGCUUCUCCGACGGCAACCUCCUCGGCCGCGGCGGAUUCGGCCCCGUCUACAAGGGGGUUCUGCAGGACGGGCAGCAGAUCGCCGUGAAGAAGCUGUCGCUUGGGUCACGGCAAGGCGUGCGCGAGUUCCUGAACGAGGUCCGUCUCCUGCUCAAGGUGCAGCACCGGAACCUGGUGUCCCUGCUUGGCUGCUGCGCUUCCUCCGGUCAGAAGAUGCUCGUCUACCCCUACUUCCCCAAUGGCAGCCUCGACCAUAUCCUCUUCAACAGGCAAAAGAGUGUGCAGCUCGAUUGGCCAAAACGAUACCAGAUACUCAUUGGGUUAGCCAGAGGCCUCCUCUACCUCCACGAGGAGUCCCCGGUGAAGAUCAUCCACAGGGACAUCAAGGCGAGCAACGUGCUCCUGGACGACCAGCUGAACCCGAAGAUUUCAGAUUUCGGCAUGGCGAGGCUCUUCCUGGAGGACGCGACGCACGUGAACACAUUCAAGAUCUCCGGCACAUAUGGUUACAUGGCUCCAGAGUACGCGAUGAACGGCUACUUGUCAACGAAGACUGACGUCUUCAGCUUCGGGAUCCUGGUGCUGGAGAUAGUGAGCGGACGCAAGAACAUCGUCCGGCAUGUGGACGACGAGAGGAUCGACCUCUUGAACUAUACGUGGAAGCUGUUCGAAGAAGGACGGUCCCUGGAGAUCGUGGACCCGAAUCUGUCCGACCCCGACACGGAGCAGACGCUGCUGUGCAUCCAGCUCGGCCUGCUGUGCUGCCAGGCCGUGGUGUCGGACCGGCCGGACAUGCACAGCGUGCACCUCAUCCUGUCGAGCGACUCGCUCACGCUGCCCAAGCCGGGGAAGCCGGCGAUCCACGGCCGGACCGGGCGGUGGAGGACAACGACGGCUUCAGGGUCGGCGUCGGCGUCGUCGGCCUCCAACAUCAACACCACCAGCACGUUCGGCACCGACACGAACACGACGAGGGCCUCUGUGCUGGCCAAUAUCGCCGAGGACGAGUCCAGGAACUCCAUUUCCAUAUCCUUCACCACGGAAGGCCGGUAAAAACGAUGAGCGGCGGGAUUAGUAUGGUGAGAUGUGAACAAUAGUAGUUUUGUGAAGAGUCGCUUUAUUGGUAGCGGUUGAUUUGUAGAAUUUGAUUCAUAUUCAGAGAAUGGUAAUUAGCUGAUUUACCAGUUAAGGAGGCACCUAUAAUUUGCCA